CACGGCGGAAUGCACGGAACCCGGAGAGCUCUUUGGGCGACGGAAACAGGGCCUAGCCGAAAAAGAAGGAAAAAGUCAUAAGAAAGAGACAGAUCAGCGGGCGCCGUUGUGAAACUCUGACGGAAGCACCAACUUCAGCUGGCUUUUGAAUAUAUAAGCAUAAGCUGCCUUUGCAGAUAGCUCUCUCCUUGCGAAAAGCCUCCCCAUCCAUCACCAUCACCACAAUAACCACAAAGCUUGCGCAACAAUGCCUGUGACACAGUUUGCGAUCAAGGAAAAGUACCGCUACCAGAACGGCUUCGGAUGCCACUUUGAAUCCGAAGCUGUCGAUGGUGCGCUGCCCAUCGGCCACAACAACCCGCAAAAGCCCCCCUAUGGGCUCUACGCCGAGAAGCUCUCCGGCACUGCCUUUACGGCGCCUAGACACGAAAACAAGCAGACCUGGCUGUACCGCAUCCUGCCAUCGUGCGCGCAUCUUCCUUACAAGCCCUCCAGCACGCCUCCUCUGACUCUCGGCGACGAAGGCAAUGGCAAGCUCCAUUACAUCCCUAACCAGCUGCGCUGGGACCCUUUCGACCACGACACCAAGCUCGACUUUGUCGAUGGCCUCAGACUCGUAGCUGGCGCUGGUAAUCCUUCGCUCAAGGAGGGUCUUGGCAUGUACAUCUACUCUGCUGGCAAGAGCAUGGACGAACACUCUGCCUUUUACUCUGCUGAUGGUGACCUUUUGAUUGUCGCUCAAGAAGGCGAGCUCGAUAUCCGCACCGAGAUGGGCUGGCUUUUGGUCCGCCCUAUGGAGAUCUGCGUGAUCCCCCGUGGCGUCAAAUACCAAGUCCACUUACCCUCUGGUGACGCUAGAGGUUACGCCCUCGAGCUCUUCCAGGGCCACUUCAACCUCCCCGAGCUUGGCCCUAUCGGCUCCAACGGUCUGGCCAACGCCCGCGACUUCCAGGCCCCCGUUGCAUCCUUCAGCGAGGAGUUUGGUGCGACGGCUUCCGAGGGUGACAAGACCUUCAAUAUCACAGUCAAGUUCAACAACACAUUAUUCACGACAACCCAGCAGCACACCCCCUUCGAUGUUGUCGGCUGGCAGGGAAACUACUACCCCUACAAGUACGACCUCGGUCGAUUCAACGCUAUCGGCACCAUCACCUUCGACCACCCCGACCCCUCCAUCUUCACCGUCCUCUCCGCUCCUUCAUCCGUUCCUGGUACCGCCGUAGCCGACUUUGUCAUCUUCCCUCCCCGAUGGCUCGUUGGUGAGGAUACCUUCCGUCCUCCAUGGUACCACCGCAACACCAUGAGUGAAUUCAUGGGUCUUAUUUGCGGAGGAUACGACGCGAAGAAGGGCGGUGCUGGCGGCUUUGUCCCUGGCGGUGCUAGCUUGCACAACGUCAUGAGCGGCCACGGCCCCGACGCUGACAGCCACGAGGGUGCCCGCAAUUCGGAUCUGGCCCCUGCCAAGGUUGGAGAGGGCAGCUGCGCAUUCAUGUUUGAAAGCUGCUUCAUGGUUGGUGUUACCGAAUGGGGUCUGAGGACUUGCCAGAAGGUCCAGGAGGGCUACAACGAGGAGAGCUGGGGUGGAGUUGUCACCCACUGGAAGAUGCCUGAAGGAAAGACGGUGCGAAGCAACCUUGUGUCUGAAUAAGAGCAAGGGUGGAUGCGAUGCGGGUUUGGGGUUUAAAGGUCACAAAAGAUUGACGCUUCUCACGAGCGCUGUUUGAUUGAGUGAUGACAGUUUGGCCGUGAAUGAUGCGAUGCACGAGUUAAAAGACAUAAUGUACACUUCUUUUUUACAAUGAUCAAUAAUGACAACUUUUUUGUUUGAUAUCUCUUA